CUACUGCCAGUGUCACACCUGGAAAAGCAGGUGUGUGUCCCGUAAUGACGAUGGCUCGGGGUACGCUGUUGCUCCUGCUGAUGCAGACGUUAACUGGAUGGUCAGUUUCUCAAACAACACCUGGACCCUCAGUGAGACUGGUCAACUCUAACAGCCACUGCUCUGGCAGAGUGGAGAUCUUCCACAAUGGCCAGUGGGGGACGGUGUGUGACGACUUCUGGAAUCUGAAUGACGCUCAGGUGGUUUGUCGACAGCUGGGCUGUGGCAGGGCUGUGGAGGCACCACAAAGUGCACGUUUUGGACAAGGCACUGGACAAAUUUGGCUAGAUGACCUUCAGUGUUCAGGCAAUGAGUCCUCUUUACAAGACUGUCCACAUGGCGGAUUAGGAAACCACAACUGUGCUCAUUCUGAGGAUGCUAGUGUCAUCUGUGAAGAAAUUGCUACUCCAACACCAAGUGUUGGAGUGAGACUGGUCAACUCUAACAGCCACUGCUCUGGCAGAGUGGAGAUCUUCCACAAUGGCCAGUGGGGGACGGUGUGUGACGACUUCUGGAAUCUGAAUGACGCUCAGGUGGUUUGUCGACAGCUGGGCUGUGGCAGGGCUGUGGAGGCACCACAAAGUGCACGUUUUGGACAAGGCACUGGACAAAUUUGGCUAGAUGACCUUCAGUGUUCAGGCAAUGAGUCCUCUUUACAAGACUGUCCACAUGGCGGAUUAGGAAACCACAACUGUGCUCAUUCUGAGGAUGCUAGUGUCAUCUGUGAAGAAAUUGCUACUCCAACACCAAGUGUUGGAGUGAGACUGGUCAACUCUAACAGCCACUGCUCUGGCAGAGUGGAGAUCUUCCACAAUGGCCAGUGGGGGACGGUGUGUGACGACUUCUGGAAUCUGAAUGACGCUCAGGUGGUUUGUCGACAGCUGGGCUGUGGCAGGGCUGUGGAGGCACCACAAAGUGCACGUUUUGGACAAGGCACUGGACAAAUUUGGCUAGAUGACCUUCAGUGUUCAGGCAAUGAGUCCUCUUUACAAGACUGUCCACAUGGCGGAUUAGGAAACCACAACUGUGCUCAUUCUGAGGAUGCUAGUGUCAUCUGUGAAGAAAUUGCUACUCCAACACCAAGUGUUGGAGUGAGACUGGUCAACUCUAACAGCCACUGCUCUGGCAGAGUGGAGAUCUUCCACAAUGGCCAGUGGGGGACGGUGUGUGACGACUUCUGGAAUCUGAAUGACGCUCAGGUGGUUUGUCGACAGCUGGGCUGUGGCAGGGCUGUGGAGGCACCACAAAGUGCACGUUUUGGACAAGGCACUGGACAAAUUUGGCUAGAUGACCUUCAGUGUUCAGGCAAUGAGUCCUCUUUACAAGACUGUCCACAUGGCGGAUUAGGAAACCACAACUGUGCUCACUCUGAGGAUGCUAGUGUCAUCUGUGAAGAAAUUGCUACUCCAACACCAAGUGUUGGAGUGAGACUGGUCAACUCUAACAGCCACUGCUCUGGCAGAGUGGAGAUCUUCCACAAUGGCCAGUGGGGGACGGUGUGUGACGACUUCUGGAAUCUGAAUGACGCUCAGGUGGUUUGUCGACAGCUGGGCUGUGGCAGGGCUGUGGAGGCACCACAAAGUGCACGUUUUGGACAAGGCACUGGACAAAUUUGGCUAGAUGACCUUCAGUGUUCAGGCAGUGAGUCCUCUUUACAAGACUGUCCACAUGGCGGAUUAGGAAACCACAACUGUGCUCACUCUGAGGAUGCUAGUGUCAUCUGUGAAGAAAUUACCACAACGACCCCACUUAUUCCAACAACACCAAGUGUUGGAGUGAGACUGGUCAACUCUAACAGCCACUGCUCUGGCAGAGUGGAGAUCUUCCACAAUGGCCAGUGGGGAACGGUGUGUGACGACUUGUGGAAUCUGAAUGACGCUCAGGUGGUUUGUCGACAGCUGGGCUGUGGCAGGGCUGUGGGGGCACCACAAAGUGCACGUUUUGGACAAGGCACUGGACAGAUUUGGCUAGAUAACCUUCAGUGUUCAGGCAAUGAGUCUUCAUUAAGAGACUGUCCACAUGGUGGACUGGGGACCCACAACUGUGCUCAUUCUGAGGAUGCUAGUGUCAUCUGUGAAGAAAUUGUUACUCCAACACCAAGUGUUCCAGUGAGACUGGUCAACUCUGCCAGCAGCUGCUCUGGCAGAGUGGAGAUCUUCCACAAUGGCCAGUGGGGAACGGUGUGUGAUGACAGCUGGGAUUUGAAUGAUGCCCAGGUGGUUUGUCGACAGCUGGGCUGUGGCAGGGCUGUGGAGGCACCACAAAGUGCACGUUUUGGACAGGGCACUGGACCAAUCUUGUUAGACGAUGUCCACUGCUUAGGGAAUGAGUCAUCAAUACUAGACUGUGGACAUUUAGGCUUUGGAUCCCACAACUGUCGUCAUUUUGAGGAUGCAGGUGUCAUCUGUGAAGAAAUUCCCAGCACUACCUCACCUGCACCAACACCACCAGGCCCCCUGGUGAGACUGGUCAACUCUAACAGCAGCUGCUCUGGCAGAGUGGAGAUCUUCCACAAUGGCCGCUGGGGGACAGUGUGUGAUGAUAUCUGGGGACUGAGUGACGCCCAGGUGGUUUGUCGACAGCUGGGCUGUGGCAGUGCUCAGUCAGCUCCACGAAAUGCACAUUUUGGACAAGGCACUGGACCAAUUUGGUUAGAUGACCUUCAGUGUUCAGGGAGUGAAUCUUCGUUAAGAGACUGUCCACAUGGCGGAUUAGGAAACCACAACUGUGGUCAUUAUGAUGAUGCUAGUGUCAUCUGUGAAGAAAUUGCUACGACAUCCACACCUACUCCAACACCAAGUGUUGGAGUGAGACUGGUCAACUCUAACAGCCACUGCUCUGGCAGAGUGGAGAUCUUCCACAAUGGCCAGUGGGGGACGGUGUGUGACGACUUCUGGAAUUUGAAUGACGCUCAGGUGGUUUGUCGACAGCUGGGCUGUGGCAGGGCUGUGGGGGCACCAAGAAGGGCACACUUUGGACAAGGCACUGGACAAAUUUGGUUAGAUGACCUUCGGUGUUCAGGGAGCGAGUCUUCAUUAAGAGACUGUCCACAUGGCGGAUUAGGGAACCACAACUGUGGUCAUUUUGAGGAUGCUAGUGUCAUCUGUGAAGACCAUCAACCUCUACUCCAGGCCUCUCAGCUCAUUUGCUCCCCUUAUCAGCUUGUAGUUGGGGUGCAGCUGGACAGCCUGCUGUCAGCUGGUUUGAACCCAUUCUCUGGUCACCUGGCAGCCCCUUACUGUACAGGCUACAGAGUGAGUCAAAACACUGUCUGGUACCAAGUGGCACGUCAGGCUGGCAUCUGCGGAACUGUACUUACGACCAACACCACCCAUGCCAUCUACUUCAACAGCUUGUAUUUCUACCCUCCAAGUAAUGGGUCCAUGGUUCUACCUGAGGUUAUUCCAUUCACCUGUGCCUAUCCCUUGGACACCAAAACUAGCCUAAACACUCAAAUCAGACCACACCUUCCUGGGUAUGGCCUCAUGGGGUCAGGUUCCAGAGCCAGAGCCUACAUGAAUCUUUUCCGUGACUCCAACUUUUCAAACAGCUAUCCAGGGGGCCAGGUCAUCCUGCCAGUGGGCUCUGCACUGCAUGUGCAAGCAUAUGUGUUUGAGAAUGAUCCAAGCUUUGCAGUUGUUCUGCAGGACUGCUAUACCACUAACUCCUCAAACCCUGAAGACCCUGUGCGAUACUAUCUCAUCCAUUCUGGGUGUCCUACUGACUCUCGUCGUGUGUCGGUGGUCGAGAACGGCCUGUCCCUCCGUGCUCGUUUCUCUGCCCUGCUCUUCCCUCUCCAGGGUAGAGACCAAGACAUCUUCUUACACUGCAGAGUACGCCUGUGUGACAAGAGGAGCCAGAGCUGUGCUCCAUUUUGCACAAGACGGACAUAUCGUUCUGUUAAUGACCUGUUCAAAUUUGUCACCGUUGGACCAAUCACCUGGACGGACUGACAUCUUAAUGGAGUGAGCUGAUAAACACUGACAAGUGAUUAUUUUGAUUUUCUUUUUCCUUGUAUUGUAUGACUUUAAUCAUUCUUUAGUAUAAUCUCUCAUAUUUUACCUUUGUACUUUUGUGUAAUAAAAUAACAGUAAUGAAUAUAUGAUUAAUACAAAUGACCAAAUA